GAAAUCUGGAGAGUUGCAGCUUUUAGGUGGUUGACAUUGAGAGGGUGCCACAUGCCCUAUCUAAAUCAGUAGGAAAAUGAAGACAGCUGAGUGUGGGAUGCCGUAUAAAAUCACGUAAGGCCGCACGACUUCCUGUUUCCUGAGAAGUCCUGGCUGGGGGUCUGUCCAGAUGAAGGUCUCUAUGGCUUUAGGAGUCUGGUCGCUCCUUGCUGCCUUGAUUUGGCCUUGCACUGAGAGCAUCUAUGUGACAGUAAGUUGUUCAAUGGACUGGGUGAUGAUCUUGGUUAGCCCAUGUGGGCACAACAGCGAUCUGUAUAUAUUUGCUGAUGAAUUGCACCUGGGAUCAGGUUGCCCUAUGACUUGGAUUCAGACCUCUGCAUAUGAUUUUAUAUACCCUGUACAUGACCGUGGGAUCAAGACAAAGGUUGUUUCGGAGGAUACCCUCCUUUUUCAAACAGAGAUGUUCUUUAACCCUAGGAUUGUGCAUUGUGAGAGCCAGAAAAUCCCUUUGGAAUGUUCUGCCUCUAGGUCAGUCCAAUAG